AUGCACACGGAGCAUACCUUACCGGCUGCAGAAACUUAUGACCUUCGUCCCUCCGCAUUGGCAAUCUUGAAGGAUGAGGCAAGAAGAGUCCGACGUCGUGUUCCCGUCGAAGCCCGUCGACGGUCGAUGAAAGCAUGUAAUGCUUGUCGGUGGCGAGAAACGAAGUAUAGCGAGUCUGUGCCUUGCGAUGAGUGCUGCAAGCGAAAGACGGAGAACAAUUGCUGUUUCCUCAAGAAGUCUCGGGGCGUGUCAGAGAGUCCAGUAGAGCAACCUAACGGAGUCUUGAGACUAGAACGGAGCGUAUCUGCCAAUCAAUCAGAAAGUAGAAAAUACGCUUUGCAGGCAGAAGAGCUGCUCCGAAGCAAGGCGCCGCUAGAGGAAGAGAUUCGCACGUUGCUUACCCAUUAUGUGGCCAUGACACGAAUGGAGAGCCUCCCAGCAACACGGACGCACCAGAAGCUUCCACAACUCAGAGCGACGUUGGCAGUAAAGCGGUCGAGGCGGAUGAGACCCAACUCCUCUCUGAUAAACAGGGCGAGCUACGGUACGUCGGAGAUGCUGGAUUUCUCACGACUUGCCGGAUGGAGCACCGGUCGCUUACCUGGUCUCCGGGCAAAGGAGCUGAUCAGGGUGACUGUUAGCAGUAACUCUAGCCUGUCGCGCUUGCAAGCAUGCCUUGUGUUAGCGUCGCUUGGUUGGAUGGUUCGCUUCCUAUUGCAAAAGAGCUUUGCGUCUUACUGGGACCUCCCUGAGCGGGCCAAACAUAACGGAAGUGUCGGCUCUCAUGAGCAUUCUCAUGUGCUACCGGUCCUGGGUCUGGAGCUCUACGGAAAGAGGCUCGGGAAUCGCAUGGUCAGCCUAGUUUCAUGGGGAUCUGUGGGCAGGGAUGCCUUGGGGCGUUUCGGCAACACCAGCCAAGAGAUUAUUACGAAGGAACACGGGCUGUCGAACGCCGCGGCCAAGCGUGUUCGGAGGAGUUGCCUUUUAAUUGCUGUCAUCGUUGUCAUCGUCGAAGCUGGCACAUACGCGGAGCAAGUUACCAUUAAAACCGACGGAAUCAAGCUUGUUGGAAAAGGCGCCAUCAUCGUUCCUCCCAGUGUACCUGUACAAAAUACAUGUUCCGGCCUUGCAGGUCCAGGCACCGAAGCCGGCAUCUGCAUCGAGGGACAAGAUAUUGAGUUGGCAGACUACGUGCAAGAGCACAGAAAGGUGCUCUCCGUGGGUCGCGCCGUGCACGACGUACUUGUCACUGGUUUUGAAGUUCAAGGUUUCUCCGGCCUAGACAUCGCUGUGCUCGGAGGAGAAAAUUGCAAAGUUACCAAGAACACGCUGUAUGAUGGCGCACAGUACGGAUGUCUUACCGUCGGCUCAAAGAACACUCUCAUCGAUGCCAACAAGGUCGCCGCAACAGGUGAUUUAUUGUUCAUUGGUAUAUGCAUGGAUGAUAUGUCUGACGUGCAUGUGACGAACAAUGAUAUCAACAAUUACGCGAUCGGCCUCUGCGUUCAAACCAACGGUGCCUUCGUCCACGGGAACGAGGUCAGCAAUAGCUGUAUCGGUGCCUAUGUUGACCCGGGCAUUCUCGGUGCGCAGAUCAGUAAUAACCAUAUCAGCAGCCCGAACCCAAUCUGUCCCUCUAUUCCUGAUCUGGGUGUCUUGGGCGUGAUCAUGGCUGGCGCUUCAGAUACACUCGUGAAGCAGAAUAUCAUUGAGGGUCUCACCGCAAAUGGAGUAAACAAUGCAACGGCGGUGGCGGUGAUUAUAAUCGAUGAUCCGGGGACAGGUACACCUGCGUCAGGUAAUAUCGUCGUUGAGAAUGUUUUGCGGAACAACGAUUUCGACAUAUUUGUCAACACGACUGGUACAGGCAACGUCAUCCAAGACAAUCAGUGCUCGACUCCAGCUCAACUAUGUAGCUGA